AUGGCAAGAGAUGCAUUGGCAAAUGCCAAAUAUUACUUUGGUUCCACUCUAUUGCGUUACCAGAAGGUCUUAGGUUACGGAGGUCUGGGAUUGGCACUUCACUAUAGGUAUGAUGGUCAAGCGAACCCUAAAGACAUUGCCAUAAAACUCUCUCUCGGGUCAUGGGAAUCAGACGAUUUGCGGCAGGAGGGAAAAGCUAUGGAAGCGAUGAUGGGAGCAGUACAUCUCGUUCAGAUCAUACCCCCAGAAGAUGUUGGUAGACCACCUCUACCUCGAUUCUACCCGAGACCAAUGUCGGACGACUCUUCCGAGGAAGAAGACUCCAGCGGCGAUGAAAGUAUUAGUCAGCCACACCGUCCUCCACGGAUUUCCCGUCAUCUUAGGCCCGAAGCGGAACUGCGAGCACGGAUACAAGGCCACACCGAUCGCUAUAGGACGUGGUAUUACCGUAAUGCUACAUUAGACUCUAGGAAGGAUUUCCUACUCCUCGAGUAUAUUGAAGGAGGCGAUCUCCGGAUGCUGAUUAAUAAAAUAUCGGAGGCGACCACAUCAAUUGUGGUACGUGGUUGUGUAGGGAUGAAAUAUCCUCCUCGUAAAUUCCACCCCGAGCGGUUUGCCAGGAAGGACCUGAUUGAGGAUGCCCCUCCAGCUCGCAAAAGGUGGAGGGCUAAGAACUGGGUCCACUUUGAUAUCGACCCGACUAAUAUUUUUGUUGGAAAUAUUGAGCGCCCGGAAUUGGACGAGCCGGAAUCUCCUGCUGAAGAGGGCUCAUCUUCUGGGGAAGGAUAUACUCCAAGGAAUGCGCCUACAGCAACCUUGAGUUACUUCUCAGGAGUGUUACGACAGUUGAACGUAAGAAUAACCCGCGGAGAACCGUCUACGGGCCAAGGUCCUGACAAGGGACCUCUUAAACGACCGUAUGAUGUAUAUCAUAGAGACAGGGCAGACGGCGAGCAUUUAUUUAUCCCAAAACUAAAGCUCGCAGACUUUGGGUUAACGGAACAAAUUAAACCUUAUAAACGAAACGUUUACUAUAUGAGAAGGCGAGCGGUUGGCAAGGGUUCAUUUCUCUCGCCUGAACAAUUCUCGGCGGAUUGGGAAACAAUUCCCGCUGAUGUCAAUGGAGCAGAGGCAGGAGAAAAUGUAGUAGCGGGGAGCUAUGGCUCGGCAACGAACGUAUGGGGCAUCGCAUUGUUAACCUCGCUCGCCGCGUUGGCAUUAGCCGCGCCAGCAAGCGCGCUUAUUCGAUUCUCAUGCUCUCAGCUUGUGGUUGACCGUAUCGACCCAUUGGUGAAUCCAGGCAUGGCGCCCUCGCCGCAUCUACACCAGAUCAUCGGCGGAAACUCGCUUAAUGUGACUAUGGACCCUACUAAGGACAUGCCUGGCGAAUCCACUUGCACAACCUGCCAGUUCACCGAGGACACUUCCAAUUACUGGACUGCGGUUCUCUUCUUCAGGUCUCGUAACGGCACCUUUAAGCGUGUGCCUAUCCGACCUAAUGUCGGUUUCGACGGCGCCGAAGGUGGUAUGACCGUCUACUACAUGCAGAACGGCUUGGCCGACUACCAGCAGCGGUCCAAGGUCACCGCUUUCAAGCCUGGAUUCCGUAUGCUUGUCGGCGAUGCGAUGGCUCGAACUGCCGAAGACGCCAACAAAUACAAGCAGGUUACCUACACCUGUCUGCAAGACAUGAACACUCGUUUCCCCGAGACCAAGAACCUGCCCAACAAGCCGUGCCCGGCAGGCAUUAUGGCAAACAUUCGCUUUCCAACUUGCUGGGAUGGAAAGAACCUUGACACCGUGGACCACAUGAGCCACAUGGCAUACCCAGCCAGCGGUACUUUCGACUCUCAAGGGCCCUGUCCGGAUAGUCACCCCGUACCUGUUCCUCAGCUCAUGUACGAGACUAUCUGGGAUACUCGCCAAUUUAACGACCCUAACGAAUGGCCCGAGGAUGGGUCCCAGCCCUUUGUCUGGAGCAUGGGUGACCACACUGGCUAUGGUAGUCACGGUGACUAUCUCUUCGGUUGGAAGGGUGAUGCUCUCCAGAGGACCAUGGAUACACCCUGUUAUGUCACUUGUCCUACAUUAACCACACAGUCAAUUGCCAACCAGAACAAGUGCAAGAUUGACAGGACUGUCCAGGAAGACAUCGAUUCUUGGUUGCUCGAAAUCCCUGGAAGUCCCGAGAUAUCAAAGAAAUAUUAG